AGAGGAGGGAACCACUGCCUCUAAAAUGAGUCUCUCUGGGGAGAGAGAGGGGGACCACUGCCUCUAAAAUGACUCAAGACACCAGUUCAAAGAGUGUCCAGAAGCCCAGAGCAGAGUCACCUACAACCAGCCUGCUAUCAAUGAAGAGUGAUCAGCCACCUGCUUUCAGCCAGGAACCAUUACCAGAUGACAAUAAGGAAGUGGAGAGUUUGGACAGUGAGGAUGUAUUAAAGAUCACACACAACCUUCUGGACAGAAGAAGUCAAUCUCUGCUGACAGUCCAACAAGACGUUAAGGCUAAACUGAAACACAAGUAUCAACACAUAUCUGAAGGAAUUGGACACCAUGGAAACCAAAGUCUGUUCAAGGACAUCUACACAGAGCUCUACAUCACAGAGGGUGGAAGUGGAGGGCUCAAUAAUGAACAUGAGGUUAGACAGAUAGAGAUGGCAUCCAAGAAACAAACCACACAAGAGACACCAAAUAAAAGCAACGACAUCUUCAAGCCUUUACCUGGACAAGACAAACCUAUCAGAACUGUGCUGACCAAAGGAAUCGCAGGCAUUGGAAAAACAGUCUCUGUGCAGAAGUUCAUCCUUGACUGGGCAGAGGGAAAAGCAAAUCAGGACGUUCAUUUCAUGUUUCCUCUUCCUUUCCGUGAUCUGAACCUGAAAAAGGACCAAUACAGUCUGAUGCAACUUCUUUCCCACUACUUCUCAGAGCUGAAAGAGAUUGACAGCAUUGAAGAUGGUGAAACCAAAACUGUUUUCAUUUUUGAUGGUCUGGAUGAGUGUCGACUUCCUCUAGACUUCAAAAACAAUGAGAAGUGCUGUGAUGUCACGGAGCCAACCUCAGUGGACGUGCUGCUGACAAAUCUCAUCAAGGGGAAUCUGCUUCCCUCUGCUCUCCUCUGGAUAACCUCAAGGCCUGCAGCAGCCAAUCAGAUCCCUCCUGAGUGUGUUGACCAGAUCACAGAGGUACGAGGGUUCAAUGAUCCACAGAAGGAGGAGUACUUCAGGAAGAAAAUCACAGAUCAGAAUCUGGCCAAUGAAAUCAUCAAACACAUGAAGACAUCAAGGAGCCUCCACAUCAUGUGCCACAUGCCAGUCUUCUGUUGGAUAUCAGCCACUGUCCUUGAGAUGAUUCUGAAAGAGGUAGAGAAGGAUGAAGUCCCCAAAACUCUGACCCAGAUGUACUCACACUUCAUGAUCCAAAUCAUUGUGAAGAACAGGAAGUAUAACAAAGCCACAGAGACAAACCCAAAGGAACUGUCUCAGUCAGACAAAGAGAUGAUCCUUAAACUGGCAAAGCUGGCUUUCCAACAGCUGCAGAAGGGCAACCUGAUUUAUGAGGAGGACCUGAGAGAGUGUGGCCUUGAUGUCACAGAGGCAUCAGAGUACUCAGCAUUGUGUACAGAGAUCUUUAAAGAAGAAUCUGGGCUGUACCAAGACAAGGUCUACAGCUUUGUGCAUCUGAGCAUUCAGGAGUUUCUAGCAGCAGUGCAUGCUUUAGAAUCAUGUCUGGGCAAGAAGGAAAAUGUUUUCUCCCCAAAGCAGUCACUAAGCGAGUCAAUCCAGUUGUCUGACUUACACAGGAGAGCAGUGGACCAGGCCUUGAAGAGUGAGAUUGGACACCUGGACCUGUUCCUCUGCUUCCUUCUGGGUCUCUCACUGGAGUCCAAUCAGAAUCUGUUACGAGGCCUUCUGACACAGACAGGAUGUACCACACAGACCAAUGAGGAAACAGUUGAGAGAACAGUCAGGUACCUUACAGACAACAUCAACCAGGAAUCCUCACCAGAAAGGAUCAUCAACUUGUUCCACUGUCUGAAUGAACUUGAUGCCAAUUCUCUAGUUGAAGACAUGCAGACCUCCCUGCGAUCAGGAACUCUUUCAGAAACAGAGCUAAAACCUGACCAAUGUUCAGCCCUAGCCUACCUGUUACUGAUGUCAGAGGAGGUGCUGGAGGAGUUUGACCUGAAGACAUACAACACAUCAGAGGAAGGUUAUCAGAGGUUGCUGCCGGUAGUGAAAACCUGCAAGAGAGCACUACUAGCUGGCUGUAAACUCACAUAUAACUACUUGUGGUCAGUGACAGAGGGUACCAACAUGACUCUGGCCUCAGCUCUGAGAGAACUGGACCUCAGCUACAAUGACCUGGGAGACAGAGGAGUGGAGCUGCUCUGUGAGACUAACCAGUCCACCUGCAACAUACAGACACAACACUGGGAUCUGGCCUCAGUCCUGAGUUCACCCAGCUCACAACUGAAACAACUGGAGCUGAGAGACAAUGACCUGCAGGACUCAGGAGUUACAUUGCUGUCUGCUGGACUGAAGGAUCCAGACUGUAAACUACACACACUGGGGCUGUCUGGCUGUCUGGUCACAGAGGAGGGCUGUGCUGCUCUGUCUUCAGCUCUGAGGUCAAACCCCUCCCUCCUGAAAGAGCUGGACCUGAGCUACAAUCACCCAGGAGACUCUGCAGGGGGACUGCUUUCAGCUGCUCUGGUGGAUCCCACAUAUAAACUGAUGAAGCUGAAUGUGGAUCAUGGUGGAGAGUGUAGGCUGAAAUCAGGGCUGAGGAAAUAUGCCUGUCAUCUCACCCUGGACCCAAAUACAGCAAACCCAAACCUGAGACUGUCUGAGGGGAACAGGAAGGUGACACGGGUGUUGAAGGAGCAGCAUUAUGAAGACCAUCCAGACAGAUUUGAUUGUCAUUGCCAAGUUGUCUGCAGUGAAGUCAUUUCUGGAGGUCGUUAUUACUGGGAGGUGGAGAGAGAUGGUGACAUGGCUGACAUUGGUGUCGUGUACAAAGGAAUGAAGAGGAAGGGACGGGAGGAUGACAGUUGGAUUGGACUCAAUAGGAAGUCCUGGUGUUUAUACUGCUAUGAUAGUGCUUAUGAAUUUAUCCAUGCUGGAGUCAGCAGAUCCAUCUCUGGUCGUUAUUCUAACAGAGUUGGAGUGUAUCUGGACUGGCCAGCUGGUACUUUGUCCUUCUAUAGUGUGUCCUCCUCUGGUACACUGACACACCUUCACACAGAACACACCACAUUCACUGAACCCCUCUAUCCUGGAUUUGGGGUUUACUCCUCCUCCUCAGUGACCCUGUGUCAGAUAGAUGACCAACACAUUCAGAGUCUAUCCUUCUGCUUUACCAACACCAGAGACCAUGGUGGAGAGAGUUGGACCAAGCCUGGACCUGAGAACACCAGAGACCAUGGUGGAGAGAGUUGGACCAAGCCUGGACCUGAGAACACCAGAGACCAUUGUGGAGAGAGUUGGACCAAGCCUGGACCUGAGAACACCAGAGACCAUGUUGGAGAGAUUUGGAUCAAACCUGGACCUGAGGACACCAAAGACCAUGGUGGAGAGUGUUGGACCAAGCCUGGACCUGAGGACACCAGAGACCAUGGUGGAGAGUGUUGUAUCAAGCCUGGACCUGAGGACACCAGAGACCAUGGUGGAGAGUGUUGUAUCAAGCCUGGACCUGAGAACACCAGAGACCAUGGUGGAGUGUUGGAUCAAGUCUGGACCUGAGAAAUGGAUUCCUCAGAGCUGUAAGACUUGUGACCAUGUUGAGGUAAGUCAUCAUGUCAAUUCUUAUUUUUACAUACCUGCAGGAAUCAGGCACAGUCUCAAAGCCAGGUGUGUACUGACCAACCAUUCAUCCUGGGAUAUAGACAGUCCUGUUUUCUGCUUUAGUAAUAUAAACACA